AGAAUAGAGAGGAGGAUAGUGGUGAACUCAACAAAAGAGCCAAAAGGCAGAAGAAAUGUAGAAAGGAGAGAAAAACAAGCUUGUAUCAAUGAUUUGAUGAUAAAUGAGAUCAUAAUAUAUAAAUAAACUGUAAAUCCUCUUUCUCUCUCUUUGGAAUUCGCAUCCCGGAAACAGAUAGACAGAAAAAAGAAAAAAAUAAAAAAGAGAAAGAAAAGAAAAAGAAGGCAAACGAUUACUUCCACUUCUUCUGCAAGUAAAACCCUAAUCUGGAUCCUCCUUCUGUUUCUCUCUCUAAAACCCAACUUUCUCUCUCAAGAACCACAAAUCUCGAUCUCUCCCUCUCGAUUCAUUGCACGAAUCUGCUCCCGCAUCCAAUCGCUCCGCACCGCGCGUCCUUGGGGAAUCCCUCACCCUCGUUGCAAGAUCCGAUUGCGCACUCAGGGUUUUGUUUUUGGGUCAGUUAAGGCUGGCGGGUAUUCGGGUCAAGUAAAUGGCGGAUCCGGCCGGAAUCCGCCUCCGCAACUGGUGCUGCUGCGAGCGUGGUGUUGCUACGACAGUUCCGGGAGUGGUUGAUUUGUUGGCGUUGUCGUUGUCAUUGAUAGGGUUACAGUGCGGUGACGAUUGCGAAGAGUGAAGCAUGCUGAGCGUGCUGCGCGUGCACCUCCCUUCUGAUAUUCCCAUUGUAGGCUGUGAGCUCACGCCUUACGUGCUCCUACGCCGACCUGACAAAACCGUUACCACUGACGAUGUCUCUGAAACCGCUCCCUUAGACGGCCAUUUCUUGCGCUACAAGUGGUACCGCGUACAGAGUGAUAAAAAGGUUGCUGUUUGUAGUGUUCAUCCAUCUGAGCAGGCCACGUUGCAGUGCCUAGGUUGUGUCAAGGCUAAAAUACCUGUUGCCAAAAGUUACCAUUGCACUCCAAAGUGUUUUUCUGAUGCAUGGCAGCAUCAUCGUGUCUUACAUGAUCGUGCUGCAAGUGCUGUUAAUGAAAAUGGAAAUGAGGAAGAAGAGUUAUUUGGUAGAUUUAAUAAUUCUGGGUCUGGAUCAAUAAAUACCGGCUUAUCUGCCUCUGCAUCAUGUGCUAGCUUGACAAAUGGGUCUGCUCCUGUGUAUCCGGCAGCUGUUACACAACGAAGUGGUGGUGAAACUUGGUUUGAAGUUGGACGAUCUAAGACAUAUACCCCAACAGCUGAUGACGUUGGUCAUGUCCUUAAAUUUGAGUGUGUUGUAGUUGAUGUAGAGACUAAACUUACUUUGGGGCAUGCCAGCACAAUACUAACCUCCCGUGUCAUUCCUGCUCCAUCACCUAGUCCACGCCGACAAAUCCCAGUUGAUGGGAUGGGACAUAUGGAUGUUGAUGGGCGUAUAACAACUUCAGGAACAUUUACUGUUCUAUCGUACAACAUAUUGUGUGAUUCUUAUGCCUCAAAUGAUCUAUACAAUUACUGCCCUUCAUGGGCUCUUUCCUGGCCAUAUCGCAGGCAAAAUUUGUUACGAGAAAUAGUUGGUUACAGAGCCGAUAUUAUUUGUCUUCAGGAGGUUCAAAAUGAUCACUUUGAAGAAUUUUUUGCUCCUGAACUGGACAAACAUGGCUAUUAUGGUCUUUAUAAGAGAAAAACAAAUGAGGUAUACAAUGGCAACAUUAAUACAAUUGAUGGGUGUGCAACAUUUUUCCGCAGAGACAGAUUUUCACAUGUGAAAAAAUAUGAGGUUGAGUUUAAUAAGGCUGCGCAGUCUUUAACUGAUGCUGUGAUUCCAACCACUCAGAAGAAAACUGCCUUGAAUCGUCUAGUUAAGGAUAAUGUUGCACUAAUAGUUGUUUUAGAAGCAAAAGUUAACAAUCAGCCCGUUGAUAAUCCAGGGAAAAGACAGCUUCUUUGUGUGGCAAAUACACAUGUAAAUGUCCAACAAGACUUAAAGGAUGUCAAACUCUGGCAGGUGCACACACUCUUAAAAGGAUUGGAGAAAAUUGCUGCAAGUGCAGACAUUCCAAUGUUGGUUUGUGGGGAUUUCAAUUCAGUUCCAGGAAGUGCUCCUCAUGCACUUCUUGCAAUGGGGAAGGUGGACCCAUCACAUCCCGAUUUAGCAGUUGACCCACUUAAUAUAUUGCGUCCUCACAGCAAAUUGGUUCACCAGUUGCCACUGGUCAGUGCUUAUUCAUCUUUUGCAAGAAAAGUUGGUCUUGGAUUUGAGCAGCAUAAACGAAGACUAGACAGCACUACAAAUGAACCUUUAUUCACAAAUGUCACUAGAGAUUUUAUUGGCUCUCUUGAUUACAUAUUUUACACCGCGGAUUCUUUGGUUGUGGAGUCAUUGUUGGAGCUAUUGGAUGAGGAGAGUUUGAGGAAAGACACCGCCCUUCCUUCUCCUGAGUGGUCCUCGGAUCAUAUAGCUCUGUUAGCUGAGUUUCGGUGCUGCAAGGGUAGAUCUAGGCGCUGAGUCAGAAGGUCAAAUCCAGAGAAACGUAAAGGAAAAGUUGAAAGAAGCAUUUGGUUGAUAAGUUGUUGUAAGAGUGGGUAGAUCAUGCCUACGUCUUUUUCCCAGGUAUCUCCUUGUCAGGGUCCUUGCAAUGAUCUGCUCUGUAUUAUGCCACCUUUGUCUCAUAGAAAAAUUAUGAUAAUGCCUUACUGAUUUUCGUUCUACUUCACCCAUCUCUUCCCCAAUCUUUUUCCAUAUAAAGUGAAAAUUUUCUUAGUACAUUUCCACUGGUUCAAUACAUGUAGCAAUUAACUAAUCAUCCCAUUCACAAGCCCUUACGAUCUUGUGGCUGAUGAGCCUAGGGGUUUAAUAUCUCCCCCUACUGUAGUGAUAAUCUUCAGCGUAGGUUAUUUUGUAUUUGCUACGUUCAUCAGAAAGUUCAAAGUUGACAAAUUCGAAAUGGUAUAUUGAUAUUAAAAGAAUAGUAUUUGUGAGAAUACUACCUAUACGGUCUGAGUUUAACGUGAGGUAUGUACUGUAGCUGUAUACGUAUGACAUAGGAGGAGGUUCUUGCAUGACAACUAGAAUACUUGAUUUUUCCGUUCUACAUCCUAGUUGCUGAUAUUUAGAACAGAUGAAUUCAUUCCGUGUUUUGUAAGAACAUUUGUGUUUUCUCAGUAGAAUGUGAUUCGAUUGCGCUUCCAUUUUUUUUUU